AGUCGCAUUGCGAUAGUUCAAGUGAAUAAGUCUGAUCAACUUUAUUGUAGAAUUUAAAAUUAAAACACGUUUGAACUUUGCUAAAAUUAUUUAAUGAGAUCGACGAUAUCAGAACAAAAAUUAAACCUGAGAGUGAAAUCAACUCCAAAAUUAAAUUCUUCACACCGAAAUUAAUUUUCAAUUAAAAUGCAAACAAUUAAAUUAAUAUUUGUUUUAAUUUUUACGGUUCAUAACUUUGGAGAAUUUACAGAAAGUUCGACUAUAAGCAAUAACAUAGCGAAACGACUUUCUUUACCCUUCAAUCAACCAAACAAAAAUUAUCAAAAAUGCGUGACACCAUCCGGUAGAAACGGUCAUUGCAAGCAUGUUCGCCAUUGUUUGACGAUCGAUAUGAAAAGCAAUUUUUGGAAAUUUUUCGAUUACUUUUGUGUGAUUGAAUCAAGUGCUAUCGGAAUUUGUUGUGCGGAUGAAAUCGGUGAAAGGAUUGGUCUUCUUACUGCAUCAUUUCCUUCAUCUGGAGAUGAUUUCACUGAACGGGGAAGUAUUAAAGAUGAAGAAGAUGAUCAUGCAGGGGCUGAAGAAGAUCCACAAGAGAGAGGUUGUGGCGUAGCAACAAAACAAUUCCCAAAAAUCGCUGGAGGAAGACCAGCAGACCCCGGCGAAUACCCAUGGAUGGCGGCGUUAACUUCAAAGAAAGCAGCAAGUGGCGCUUUUUGUGGAGGCGUUUUAAUUACCGAUCGACACGUUUUAACUGCUGCCCACUGCUGGGGAACGCAAUUCUUUGCUGGUCCACAUUCACCGACACUAAUGGAAGUCACGAUUCCGAUAUGGAAGAAUGAAGAUUGCCAAGAGAAAUAUACACAUAAAAUCCAUGACAGUGUCUUGUGCGCUGGAGCUAAUCAAGCUGACUCAUGUCAAGGCGACAGCGGGGGUCCCCUGAUGAUUCAAUUACCAAAUAAGCGAUGGACAGUUAUUGGAAUUGUCUCGUGGGGAGUUCGAUGUGGCGAACCGAAGCAUCCUGGCAUUUAUACAAGAGUUUCAAAUUACAUCGAGUGGAUAAUUGAAAAUGCAACAUUUUAAUGCUUAGGAGUUAUCGCUUGUUGUUACUUGUAAUUGCAAACAAUCAUCACUCGUGUAUAC